AUGGAGCUCUUCCCUUCCCAGCCGGAUCUAUCCCUCCAGAUCGGUCUCCCCGCGAGUGCACACGGCCACGAUCACCACCGGGCCAUGGGGGGGAGGUUCUUCGGCCCCUCGAGUAAUAGCAACAUCGGCGGGAACCCGGCCAUGGCUGCGUCGUUGCAGCUUCCGUUUCCCAUGCCGCCUAUGCCUCUGCCGCCCCACCACGCCGCCGCGCCGUGGCACGGCGGCCUGUAUUACCAUCACCACCCCGUCCCCGACGGCGGCAUGCUGCGGCCCAUACGGGGCGUGCCGCUCUACCCGACGCCGUUCCCGCCCCCGCCCCCGCCUCCGCACGGCGGCCCCUCAGCCGCGGCCACCGCGCCGUGUUACUGCGACCCGUGCCACGUCGCCGGAGCUUGGCGCCGCGGCGUCGGUGGGUGUGGUGCGCGCCUCGUCGGCUUCCCGGCGCCGAAGCGCGCAGCACGCGCGCCUCGCAUGCGGUGGACGUCCUCGCUCCACUCCCGCUUUGUCCACGCCGUGGAGCUUCUCGGCGGCCACGAGAGGGCGACGCCAAAGUCAGUUCUUGAACUCAUGGAUGUGAAGGAUCUCACCCUAGCUCAUGUGAAAUCUCACUUGCAGAUGUACAGGACUGUGAAGAAUACCGAAAGGCCGGCAGCUUCGUCAGAUCAGGUUGAUGGCUUCGAGAACGGGUCGGCUGGCGAGAUCUGCGACGACAACUUGCUUGACCUGCGAGGCGGCGGUAGGCCGGAGGCAGUGGCAGCGGCCACACGGAAUGGAAGGUUAGCUGCAAACGACGAUGACAGGAGCAUCGGCGCCGGUGCCACUCAUGGUGGUGCCGUGUGGAAUAGCUCCUCAAGGGAGGAGGAUUGGUCAGGCUUUCCUUGCGAUUCCAACAACGAAAGCAUGCAAUCUUUCAAGGAUCAUAUGCAGUCCAAGAGCCUAGAAAUCCUAUCAGACAUGAACUCCUGCCUGUCAGAGACGACGUCCAGCGCAAGCGCGCCGAACCUUGACUUCACCCUAGGGCGGCCGCACCAACGCCGGAGCUGA